CAACAUGUUUGAUAACCGGUGCUACUUAAUGACUAAUAGGAACAAUUUUUACGUAGGUGUUUUAAACCAUUAUGAUGACAGUCUGUAAACGUGCAUGCAGUAUGUAAGUCCAAAUUUCAACAACUUAGUGUUUUAGAAAUUUCAAAGAUAGGUCUGAAGCACAAUCUAUAAGUAUAAGUUGCAUUCACGAACCACCUGCAACAGUGCAACUUUAAAUUUAAUAUAGGACGUUAGGUAAGCCUAACUUACUUUACGUCAAAUGCAUCUGUUGAGAACUGAAAGGGAAAGAGAAACGAAGUUAUUAACUAGUAAACUACAUUCGUUUAAGCUUAAAGAACUAUAGAAAUUUAAAAACGCUUAGGAUAGCCAAUGGAGAUAAAAAAUGGUUCAGCAUUAAAGAAAACAGCAAGGAAGACAUGGCAAGUACAUGCACCACAGAAUGUAAAUUGGAAUUCUGUCCAUCUCUUACGUUACCAUCUUGCAGAAGAAGGCUGUAAAGAAAGUCAAGUAUCUGUAGCAAAGAACUUAUUAAGUGACUCUGCCAGAGGAAACGAUUGUGAAAGUGCUGAGAUUGCUGUCUAUUGGCUUCUUCGGGCAGCAGUUGAAGAGCAUGAAGAGGCACGAGAGUUAUUGGAUGAAUGUUAUAAAAGUGGGAUAGGAAUUACAGAGAAAAAUCGAGAAAAAGUAGAGAAUUGUUUAGGAAGGUCACAAAAUGAAAAAGCAGCAAAUAAAAUUGGUAGCAAACUGUUCAGCUCAGUGGCAGGAUACUUGUGUUCAGAAGCCAUCUCCUUAAGAUACUUCAAAAUGAGAGUGGAUAGGUUGAAAAUUGAAGGAUGUUGUGAUGUUCAAGAGCAUUUGAAUGAACAGUUCCCAGAGGAAUUUCCCGAAUUUGCUAAAGGAACGAAUGCCAUUGACGAGGCAAAAUAUGUUACUAAAAAGAAUGUGAUUGAGUGUACUCUGAAAUGCUUGCGAUCAGAAAAUCCAACUAUAGAUCUUCACAAUGCAAUGGAUUCUUUAGCACCAUCUCAUUUUAUAUUCAAAGUAAUAAAUGUACUGAAGAACAUAUUGAAAAUUGCUUUUGAAAAUAUCAAGAAAGAAACUAAGACCUACUUAUUUCCUGCCACAUUUUUACUCUCCCUCAGCUUCCUCUUUAUUUUAAAUGAACUUGUUGGAGUAUAUCAUAUCAACUCAACAAAACAAGUUGGGGAUGUAUUCUUUGCAUUAGGUGUCUUGGCUUGUUUAGGAAUGAUUUCAGCAACUUCUAUCAUUUUAAAGUUAAACAGUGGCUUUUAUAAUUUAAAUGAAUGGCUUCAAACACUGUUGAUAAUAGAACCACAGUUGCCAGCAAAUGAUAUUGUAACUAAGUAUGAACGAAAGAAAAUUUUGCCAUUUGUAUGUUUUGUGUUUUGCCUUAUGGUAUUCAUUACUUUAAUUCCUUACAGCAUGAAUGUAUUUGUUACCACAAAUGUACUGUUUUUGUGUGCUGGAGUUCUCUGCACUACUAUGGUGAUGUGUAAUGAGCAAUCAGAACUUGGGUAUACUUCGUCAUCUUAUAUCAAGAUAUCAUAUGUAAUUCAUGCCAUUUUUUCUCUCUGUAAUUUAGGCUAUUGGAAAAGAUUAACUAUGGGUUGGUGUGAUUAUUUUGAACUUGUGCCAUAUAUGGAACUGGGUUUACAUUUAAAAAUUUAUUUGAACUUUUUCAGACUUUUAAGUGGUAUUUUUCUGAUAAUUUUGUAUAUUUCCUUGGGAAAAAGUAGAAAUUGUAAGGGUUUUUUACAGAUAUUGGUACCGCAUUUAAUUACAGUUGCAUGGUUUUCUGUCACAAAACUUGUUAUACUUGAGAAUGAGUUAGAGCUUCAUCAUGGUACAUUAGGGUUCCUGUCUUGCUUUGUUAUUUUAAUGCUUACCACAAUAACUGGAAUUUUUUGGAAAUUAAUAACAGCUGGUAUUGUCAUUUGUGCUCUUUUUAUGACCAGUUUUUCAUUUUAUACUAGUACUUUCCUUAUUCUAGCUGCCUUGUACAAACCAAGUAAAUUUGUUUUCAUGGUUUUGAAUAAGAGUUCUAAGUACAGAGAGAAGUAUGGCUUCUUAAUUUUUUUUAUUCUUACAGCAGUUAGUACCUUGAUAACACACAAUCACAUUUUACCAACUUCGGGUGUGGUACUCCCCUGGGAUGACUAUAUUCAUGUUUGUCACCAGCCAGCAUGGGAUAUCACAAAUAUGGCAGAGGUUGAAAUAGGUUGUAGCCAGUUUGAAGGAGUUGGAAUAACUGGAGAAGGAAUUGUUAAUUUUGUUAAUGUAGCAAGGAAAGUAAACAGAGUGAAAACUUUAGUGUCUUUGCUUCCCAGAUGUGUUGCUAAUUAUAUAGAAUGUUUCAUUGGAAACCAUUUUGUAUGUGAUGAAGCAACAUUUGCACCAAUGGAAUUUGAAAGGUGCCAUUUAUUUGCUUCACAUAAUAUUUCUUGGUGUGACUUGGAAAAUUGGACUAGUUACCAGUUUCAAGUAACUCUGAAAAUGAGCUCUGUAAAGAUGUUUACAGAGCUGAUCCUGGAAGUGGAUAAUCAUUGCAAAGACUUUAUAGUUAACUUAAGAAGAGGACAUGUUUUAAGCAUCAGUGGAAUAUUGCAUACAAAUGUUGGAAAACGAAAGCCACAUCUUUGGCUGUACUCAGCCAAUUGUACUAAUUGUCAAAAAGAAUUGUCAUGUAGCAAAAUUACAAAUGGGAUAUAUGCACAAUGGAACAAGUCUUUUGAGUUGUUAAUGGCUUUUUUUACAUUUCCCAUAGUUUCUUAUGUUAAGUAAUUUCUCUAGAUGUAGUUUUGUGAAAUACAGA